GAAGAUAAGAAACAAGUGGCUGUGUCCUAUCGAGUGAUUGUACGUCUUUUACUUUAGCGAUUCUUUCAACAAGGCCUAUACAGAGAUGCAGAGUUGAUCAGAGAAAUUUGUUUGCUCGUUUUCUUACGGACCCUUUUGUUUCCUCAGGCUUCGAGUUCGCAGCGCUAGUUGUGUGCAGUUCAGUUGAAUAAAUUCCAUGGCCACUGCUACGUCUUCAUCUAUCGAGAGUGUAAAUCCUUUUGAGGAGGUUGUGCCCUUAUCCGUAUCUGCAUCCGCUUCUUCCUCCUCCGCCCCUCCCUUCGAUGUUUUUAUCAACCAUUGCGGAGCUGAUGUCAAAUUCACCCUCGCCACCACCAUCCACGAUAAACUCAACGCUUUGGGACUCUCCGUCUUUCUUGAUGUCCAUUCCCUUCGAUUAGGUGAUGUCAUUCCUGCACAAAUUGAAGAGGCCAUGCGCACUGCUUCACUUCAUAUUGCCAUUUUCUCUCAAAAAUAUGCCCACUCCCCUUGGUGUUUGGCAGAGCUGUCCUUCAUGCUUAAGACGGGUAAGAGAAUUAUUCCUGUCUUCUAUCAUGUCGAUCCUUCUGAUCUGCGCUGGGUGGGUCAAGGAAAAGGAAUCUAUGCUCCUGCGUUUUCCCAACAUAAGGAGAAGGACAGAUACUCUGAGAAAAAGCUUGAUGAGUGGAAGAAGGCACUCGAGAGUGUUUCUUUUGGUUCCGGCUGCGUGAUAAAGGAUAAUAGAGAUGAGGCGAUGCAGUUGAAGAAUAUUGUUAAUAUGGCUUCUAAGGUAUUGGAAACGGUGGCCCUCGUGGUGGCUGACAAACCCGUAGGGUUAGAUGACAUCGUACGAGAUUUUGAAAGGAAUACAGUUGAAUCUACGGGGAAUGAGCACAAUGCACAAAUUGUUGGGAUCGUGGGAAUGGGUGGAGCGGGUAAAACCACGCUGGCAAAAGAGUUGUAUAACAGGAAAUCCUCAUCUUUCCAAAGCUCAAGUAUUGUGUUUGCAGUGCGAGAUGCUGCAAGCAGAGAUACUUUGCAUGAGAAGCAAAAAAAGAUUCUGGGGGACCUCGGUGUGCAAGGCUUAUCGUUCGAUAACAUUGAGGAAGGAAAGGCUUUGCUGGCAAAUCGGUUGAGAUCUGUUUGUGCACUCAUCAUUUUGGAUGACGUGGAUCAUAGAAGCCAAUUGGAUGCCCUGUUGCCUCCUAAGGACCGCCUUGCAUCCGGCAGUCUUGUCAUUGUUACAACUCGCGAGUUACAUCUCCUUGCAAAAUGGGGUUCAACUAUAUAUAGAAUGAAGCCAUUAAAUCCCUUUCACGCCAAAGAACUUUUCUGUUCGCAUGCUUUUUUACAAUCCUCUCCAAUAGAGGGAUUUGAAAGUAUCGUUGAAGAGUUUUUGGAGGCUUGCCAUGGAUUGCCUUUGUCCCUUGAGGUCAUGGGAGGACUAGUUUUUGGCAGGUCCAAGGAUUUUUGGAAAUCCCAGUUAGAUAAGAUCUCGAGAAUGUUGCCAGAAGAUAUUAGAGGGAGGUUGAAAGUCAGCUAUGAUGCACUAGACGAAGAAGACAAAGAUAUGUUCAUGGAUGUGGCUUGUUUUUUCAUCGGAGAAAAGAUAAGCUUGGCGAUUGAAGUAUGGGAUGGAUCAGGGUGGAGUGGGUUGCAUGGGUGGGAAACACUUGUUAACAAAUGUUUGGUUAAUGUUGAUGAGUCUGAUUGUAUAACAAUGCAUGACCACCUGAGGGAUUUGGGAAGGGAUCUCGCAGAUAGACAUACACCUUCUCGCGUAUGGCUUAAAAAGCAUAUAAUGAACAUACAGAAACAAGCUAGGGAAGGAUGGUCUAUUAGAGGGAUAGAUGCUGGUGGAUUUGAAUAUACUGGCGAGCCAUUGGGUUAUUGGCAGCGUCUGAAAAAGUUCUUUGAGCUCAUAGGAAUCUUAAACAGAUAUUUUGGGCGUUUAAGAUAUUUUUGGCGCACUCCACCUCCUUCUCUGGGAUUAAAACUUUUUGCUGGUAAAGAAGAAAUUUUUAUGAAAUAUUUCUGCACAUCAUCAGAAGAGCCUGCCUGGCUUAGGUUUGAUAGAUAUAACGGGAGAAAGCUUCAUCAGCUGUGGUCACUCAAAAAAUUAAGAAUUUUGGAACUCAGAAGUGCUUACUGGUUAAGAGAAUUAUGGGACAAUUCAGAUCCUCCGUUGCAGUUAAGAGAACUGAUUAUUGACAAUGCCAAUAUGUUACAAAGGAUUCCAAACUCAAUAGGACGUCUAGAGGAAUUGAAAAUGAUAGCUCUCACUGGGUGUGUUGCAAUGAAGAAUCUUCCUGAAGAGUUUUGUGGUCUCCGAUCACUGGAGUGGCUACAAUUGUCGAGUUGUUCAAUUCUGUCUUCACUACCUCCCAGUUUGGGGGAUCUGAUAAACCUGCGGCAUGUAGAUUUGAGUUAUUGUGAGCGGUUGCAGAAUUUGCCAGAUUCUUUCAAGCAGCUGAGACACCUUCAACAUCUCAAUUUGAGCUAUUGUACGGAACUCACCUUGACAUCCGACAUGCUAGAAAAUAUAAGUAACCUGGUAUAUUGUAACUUUGAGGGAUGUAGGAAGCUGGAAGAAUUGCCAAAUCAAAUCACACGUCAAGUGUUUUUGAGAGAGCUCAAUGUUAACCAUACAGGCAUAAGGGAGGUUCCCAGUGACAUUGGCGAACUCAAAAACUUGGAAGCGCUGGAGAUAGAGAGUCCGUUCUUGGCCAGCUUGCCCUCCUCUCUUGGAAAUCUGUAUAGCUUGAGUCGACUCAGUAUAAAUAGUCCCUUGUUGAUAAACUUGCCGUCCUCUUUUCACGACUUGUCCCGCCUGACUGAACUACAUCUCAUCGGUUGUAAAAUGUUGAAUUCUUUACCCGACUUCGCAGGGUCUCUAAGUAUGCUCAAGUCAAUAUCAAUUAAUUCUACAGCAGUGUCAAUUAUAUCAAUAAGUGAAGUCAGCUGCCCCAGCCUUGAAAUUCUUUCACUUCGAAAUAAUGGUCAUCUAGUGGAUAUCCAAACCCUGCCCACCUCAGUGCGGAGGCUAGAUGUAUCUGAUUGUACAACUCUGAAGAAGAUAAUGGGUCUUCGCGGUCUAGCAGAUCUUCAAUAUCUUUUUAUAGUGAGGUGUCCCGAGUUAAAUGAGCUCGCAAGUUUUGCAGAUUUGCAUUCCCUCAAAGAGGUCAAGAUAGAAGAUUGUGACAAAGUUGUGAAAAUCGAAGGGCUACAGAAUUCGAGGUCAUUGGAGACAUUGGAGGCAGUGACGAGGUGGAAGUCCCAAGCCAUACAAAGUUUGGAAGGCACAGAGAAAUUGAAGAAAUUGAAAAUGGUAGUAGAAAACAUAUCAGCUCUUCAACCCUGCAUUCAGACAAUAAAGAAAUGGCCAGGGGAGAUGUUGAUAUGUGGGAGGGCAGUGAGUGGUGCAGAGUCAGUCAUGGAUUCUCUUUCCUUUCCCACCCUUAAGAUGGUCAAUAGCUCAUUGGAGAAGUCAGCUAGUGGAGAUGCAUGGGAAGCAGAAUGUGGGAAGAGGCAUAGUUCCGAUGCAGCCAUCGUAUGUUUGCUUGUUAAUUCAUUUGCAAAUAGUACAUUCAGAUUCUUUUUUAGUGAUGGAAAUGCAAGUAUGCGAUUGAGAGAGGGGAAAUGGGUGAUUGUAGGUGUGUGGAGACAAAAUUGUAGCUUAAUGGAUAAGCUAACUAUGACAGCUCAAAGAUGGAAUGGAGAAGGUGAGGUAGAGAGAGCAAUAUUGUUGGUGGGAGAGGAAGGGAGAGUGAUUGAGGCAUUUACACAUUUCUGGGCAUUGUUCAUCUAACAUUGUUAUCAUCUAAAUUUUCAUUGGUGUGGAUUUAAAAAAACUCAAAUCAAAUUUCAGAUCGAAUAUUUUGGGACUGUAAUUUAUUUGAGUUAAAAAUUUAGUGAGAUUGUUUUAUUUUA